UUAUGGGUGUAUAAAGCUGUGCUCUAGAGCUUUCAAGCCCUGUAGCUUUAGGCUAAGUGAGGUAUACGUGAAUGGCUGUUUACUGCUCUGAAUUGCAUAUCUUUUAAAAAAAAACGUAAGCAACAUAAAUUUCGAAACAAAAAAAAAAACAAUGGAUGGAAUGAAUAAGUGGCAAAUAUUUUUAAAGAGUGGAAGUUUUCGAAGAAAGCUACGAAAUUACGAGCGUUUCGUAUUAGACAGUGAAUGCAAGCCACUCACUAGUAAUUUGCAAUUAAGCAUUGAGACAGAAUCAGCAGCAGAUCAGCAAACAAACGCCGAUUUAUAUAAGGAAAUUGAUUUUCAAGCUGUUGAGAUCGGAGACUAUUCCGAUAGUCUAGAUGUUCAUGUUGAUGAUUUCUAUGACGAACAGUCGUAUUAUAGUCCGGAUGAGUCAUCCCAGUUUGAGCUGGAUAGUAUUGAUGAACUCCAGGAUAAUACGGAAAACUUAACUACGUUUAUUAGAAAUUGGAGCCUGGAGCACAAAAUCACAGAUCCACGAAGACUUCUAGGAACUUCUCGUAAACAACUUGAACUGAUAAAAAUUGAAGGAGGCCAGUAUUGGCAUACCGGCUUUGGUGAAUGUCUUCGUCAAGCGUUUCGAGACCUUAAUGAACCAAAAAAAAUCUCUGUGAAUAUAAACAUAGACGGCUUAACACUUUUCAAAAAUGGUACAGACCAAGUAUGGCCAAUUCUAUUCAACAUAUUCGAAAUACCAGACAUGAAACCGAUGAUAAUUGGAAUUUUCCACGGAAAAUGUAAGCCGAACUUCAUUGAGGAGUUUCUGAAGCCGUUUGCAGACGAAGCGUGUCUAAUAUUGCAAUCUGGAAUCUUCAUCAACGCUAAAUUGUUGACAGUAAAUAUUCGGGCAUUUAUCUGCGACUCCCCCGCCAGGGCUUUUAUUAAAGAUGAAUUUGGUACUUCUGAACUUCUAAUUACAGGAACAGUGAACUUCAAUUCGUUUCAUGGGUGCAUGAAAUGUACCGCUGUUGGUGAACGUUCACAGGAUCUGCAUACAAAUGUUUAUCCAUUAGCAAAGGCGUCCAAACGAACAGAUGAAGGAUUCCGCAGCUGGUCGUAUGAAGAUCACCACCGGGUUUAUAGAAGCAGAGAAAAUGGUAAAUUAAAAAAAGUUUCCGUCAAAUCCCCCCUGCUCCGUUUGCCAAUUGACUUCAUUCAAGAUGUUAUAGUAUCAGAUUCGUUGCAUCUUCUACAUUUAGGCAUAAUGAAAAAACUACUCACAAUUUACAAAACAGGACAAAUCUACUAUACGAAGUGGACUCAAUCCGAGACUGAAUGUAUAAAUGAUAUUCUGAGUAGAAUAAAGUUACCAUCAGAAAUACACCGAAAAGUACGAGGAUUGCGUUAUCAUUGUCAUUGGAAGGCAUCGGAAUGCGCCUCUUUUUUAAAUUAUAUUGGAACAGCACUUCUAAAAAAAUUUGUUGAUUCAAGACAUUACGUAAUUUUGUUAAUUUGUUUUAUGCUGUUACCAUCUGUUCUAGCCAACACUAUCAACAAUAUCUAUCAGUUGCUAGGAACCUUUUUGAAACCUUCAUCGAGAAUUACUUCAAUUUCUUUCAAAUAAUUUCCAGUAACACGCACAAUUUGAUACACAUUGUAGACGAAGUUGAGAGAUUAGGAUCAUUACCAACACUGUCUUCUUACCCAUUCGAGAAUUAUUUGUUCCAAAUUAAAAACAUGGUACGAUCAGGACGACUACCGUUAAACCAAAUAAUCAAUAGAAUCUCUGAGAAAACCAAUAACAAUCAUGAUGAAAGUCCAAAAGAUCAGCAAUAUCCUUUUUCAAAAAUCCUUCAAACUUCGAUACUAAGUUCACGUGCUGCAUUUUAUACAAUGGAUGUAUGUUAACUAAUAAGUUUCAAGAUAAGUGGUUUCUCUCGAAGGACAAGACAGUCGUAGCAAUGCACUUCGCUGUUGAAAACGGUAUUAUUGGCUCAGAACUUAAACAUUAUGAACCGCACAUUAGAAGUCCAUUUCCAUCCGAUGUUUUCUACGUUUAUCGAACUAUAUCAGAUGCCAGUUUCAAUUCAUGCAAAGUUUAUCCAUUUCAAAGCGUUUUUUGUAAGUUAGUUGCUAUACAAGCUUACGAAGAAACUGUUUUUGUACCAUUACAUCAUACUC